AUGACCGUCUCAGAGACCGCCGUCCCGGCCACCGCCGAGAAGCCAGCCUUCGUUGGCUCCCCGGCCGCCGUGCAGUCGAUCAUCCAAAACAUCAUCACGCACCUCGAAACCAAAUACUGCGUCCCUUCGGAAGGCAACGCCAUCGCCGCCGGCCUCCGUGCCAAAGAUAACGGCGAAUUCCCCUACUCUCACAACCAAUCCCUUCCACUCCUUGCCGAUCUACUCAACGAGGAGCUCGCAAGGCUGUCAAAUGAUAAGCACCUGCAGGUCGUUGUACGCGAUGAGGAGAUACUGAACCCGAAGCCGGAGCCUACUGAGGAGAAGAGGGAACAGAUCACGCAUGCCGUGGUGAAUGAGGGAAGUGGGGAAGAUUGGGCGGAGGAUUAUCUCAAUUUCAAUAACGGAGUGACGGAGGUGCGGGUGUUGGAUGGGAACAUUGGGUAUCUGCGCAUAGACCUCUUCCCCGGCAGCCAUCUGCUCGGCGAUACCUACGCUGCAGCCUUCCAACUCCUCAGCAACACCCUCGGCCUCAUCAUCGACAUGCGUUUCAACGGCGGCGGCGACGAAAACUCCCCCGACCUCCUCCUCUCCUACCUGAUGCCACCCUCCCGGCUCCCCACCGUCUCCAUGCGCGAUCGCACCACCAACACUACCACCACAGGCCAUCUUUACUCCGUCGUCCCCGGCAAACGCUACGGUGCUGACAGGCCUGUGUGGGUCCUCACUAGCGCGCGCACCUUCAGCGCCGCCGAGCAUUUCACCUUCUGUGCCAAAGCAUCCGGCCGCGCGACAAUCGUCGGCGAGAACACCGCAGGCGGGGGGCGGUCGGGUAAUUAUGAGUGGAUCCACCCGCGCAUGGAUAUCUUCAUCCCGAGCUCUGUCACGUGGGGAGAGUUGCGGGGUCCGUUGAAGGGGAAGGAUUGGGAGGGUGUUGGGGUUGCGCCGGAUGUGGCGUGUACGGCGGCUGAGGCGAUGGAUGUGGCGUGGAAGGCGGGGUUGGAGGUUAGCAUCCCGGCGUUGGAGAGCGGUGGUGGGAAGAGUUGGUUGAAGGGGAGGAAUGUGAAUAAGGCAAAGGCGGCUUUGAAGAAGAUCGAGGAGGCUGCUGCUGCCGCUGCCGCUGGUCGAGUUGACCUCCCGGUGGAAGCUCAAUGA